AUGGCGAACGUUCGGGAUAGUGACACAUCGUUGUGGCUCCACAAUAAACUCGGAAUUUCGAACGAUUCUUGGACAACCGGUUCAAUUUGUACACAAUUAAACGCCGAAGUUUUGAAAAAUAUCAAGGAUUGUUUUCCAGAUUUGCAAACACAAGUGAAACUUAAAUUAUUGCUAAGUUUCUUUCAUAUCCCGCGCAGAAAUGUUGAAGAGUGGAAAAAUGAGCUCGAAGAGAUUAUUGAGGUUGCUGCAGUGGACUCAGAUCUCUGGGUGGCGAUGCUGGCAGAAGUCCUCAAAACAUUCCCUUCGGCUGGGACCCUUAAUACAGAGAUAGCAGAGUUUGACGAGACGAGGCCUAUCUUCAGUGAUAUGAUCGGAGAGCUGAGAAGGGCCUUAGCUAAACAUUCAGACCUUGGACUGUUACCACUUGAGUGCCUUUAUUUAAAUAAAAAUGCCUUAGUUUCUGUGGUGGGACAACAACCCAACCCAGUGAAGCACUUCACGUUGAAACGUAAACCUAAGUCGGUCGCGCUGCGCACGGAGCUGCUCAGCAAGGCGGCCGAGGUGCAAGCCAAUCAGAAGAAAGCGCAGGCGCCCACCGUGCCCGUGCGCAGCCGGGGGAUGCCCAGGAAGAUGACGGACACAACGCCGCUGAAGGGCCUGCCGUCCCGCUGGGCGGCGCGCACGGGCGCCCGCGCCCCCCCCGCCGUGCGCCCCCCGCCGCGCUCCGGCAUCAAGCUGCUCGACAUCACGGAGCAGCCCGCCACGCACGCGCAGAUCAAGAAGCGCAGGAAGCUCGAAAUGGAGGAGGGUUCGAAGAAAGCUCCCCCGGCGGCGCCCGCGUCUCCGCCGCCUGACUACGCUAAGGGACUCAACAACUUCCAGAUGCCCAAAGCGGACGACCCACCACCCAGCAACGAGCCCGCGAGCGAGGCGGACGGCGCGGAGGGCCCGGAGGGCGCGGAGAGUGCGGACAGCGUGGAGGGCGCGGAGAGCGCGGAGAGUGCGGAGGGAGAGGGGCCGCUCGCGCCCGCGCCGCCCGCCGCGCCGCUGCUCGUGCAGCAGGGCUCGGGCGCGAAGCCAAUCGUGCUCGGCCAGCAGCCCAAGCUGCUGCUGGCGGGCCAGGCGGGUGGCAAGCCUGUGCUGCUUGCGGCGCAGGGCUUGCUCAACACGUCGGCAGUGCUGCUGCAGCAGGGCGGGAAGGCGGUGCUGCUGCAGAAUAUCAAGCCGAUGUCGCAACAAGUUGUACAGCAGACACCACAAAGUAUACCACAUCAAAUAGCACACCCCGUGUCGACGGCCGCGCCCGCGCCGCCCGCGCCGCCCGCGCCCGCCGCGCCCGCGCCCGCCCCGCUGCUGCCGCGCCGCGGGCUGUCGCUCACGCGUGAGCAAAUGAUGGAGGCCCAGGACAUGUUCCGGAACGCCAAUCGUGUCACGAGACCUGAAAAGGCGCUUAUUCUCGGUUUCAUGGCUGGCUCCAGAGACAACCCCUGUCCGAAUCUCGGCAACAUAGUAACGAUAAAACUCUCGGAAAACAUCGAGAAUGUUCUACAGUCAGACGACACGUACCUAACUAUGCUCUCCGAGAUGCAUUUCCAAAUGAACUACAACAACGGACAGUGGACGAGACUCAAAAAAUACAGACACAUAGAUGGUAUGGUUCCUCAGAAAAUCCCUCCCGGCUCUACAGUGAUAGCAGCCAACAAUCAGCAACCGGUUGUUUCCAUUGCCAACCAGAGUGUCAGUUAAGAUUUGUCAGGUCCCACUUCGUUUUUCUUGCAAUGUGAUAUAGUAAAGUGUUAACGUUGAAUGUAUAAAAGGAUUUUAAUACAAUUGAGUAACAAGGUCCUCCAUUGUGGCCUUCCGAUCGGUUCCGGACAUGUUCAGCACAGCGAUAUUAGUUAUCGAUGUGUAAAUGUUGAAGUAAUUUUAAUGAUUUCGAAUGCCAGGUGAUUUUUAAAAUGAAAACUGGACGUGAAUUUAGUUUAAUUUUGUAAUAAGGUUUCAGAUUAUUUCGUUUUACGAUAAUAAAAAAAAAACGUUACGUGUUUUUUUUUUAUCUGUAUUGUGAAUCGAUAUAAUCUGUGCCCGAAAUACUUGUAUAUGUUAGUUUAGUUGUUUUUGUAUUUUUUAAAUUAGAUUAAUAUGUGAAGUUUUGUUGAUCUCAAGGAUGACUAUUCUUGGCAUUAUUUCAGUAUAGUUUGUGCCAAAAUGAUUUUCAAAAUUAUAAACGUAUAAUUAUUAUAGUUGCUUAGUUUUGAAUAGCUUGAAAUAUAUAAAGGCGUUUUCACAUGUGUCGUUCGUACACAUUUUACUAUGGACUAGAUAUCCAACGAGACGCAUUUGUUAACGCCUUGCUAAAUUCAUUUUUAAUAGCUUAACAUUAAAUAAUGAAACGCUUUAACUUAUGCCUAAAGAGCCUUGUAAUUAGCGUCAUAUAAAAUAACACGAUAUUUACAAACUAGGGAUAUACAAAAUGUACGAAUGUUUAAUACUUAAGUUGAAAUUGAAACGAAAUGCAAUACAUUAUUUCCGAAAAGAAUGUUUAUUUUUAUAUAGUCAAUCUUAGGGUUUGUUUGAUAUUCAAAUAAUAACAAUAAUUAUCGACAAAUUUAAAUCUAAGCAACAUCUUCUCCAUGUUUUUCUUUUAACGCAAACCUCGUGUUUGCUAAACGAAUCGGACUUUAAUUUUUUUUGUAAAAGGUACGAAAAAUAACUUUUUUUAAAUUAAAAAAAAGAAAUAUCUUACCGAUUUUGUUCCUAUUUCUUUUAGAAAUAUAUUAAUAAAUAAAAGUAAAUUCUUAGUGCAUAUAUUCUUGUGCAGUCCACGAUAUAAUAUGAUCGAUACGAAGGCAGUAUACAAUAUACGAGGCCUAAAAUAUUUUAUUAUCUGUAUCACGUAACAUUCUUUAUCGAAAAAAAAAAAAAAAGAAACACAAACAAAAAUUGUUCUAACGUUUUAUAUUCGUUCAAA